AUAGAGUCUCCAGCAGCGAAAGGAGCCAGUGUAAAACGGCCUUCUGUCGGCACGGUAUCGAAUAUUAUUUUAAAAAAAAAGUGCGCUAUUACGAUUUACCGAUCGAGCAAGCCAAUCGAUAUUCAAUUUUUCAACCAUUUUUUUUUUUCAAACAAAUCAAUUUUUUUUUGCAAUUUUUUUGUUUUAUCUCAUUCGACUUAAUUUUUUGGACACAAUCAAGGACUGACAGAGACACAUACUGAGAGAGAGAGAGAGAGAGAGAGAUCGUAUAUAACUGUGUAUUUGUGUGUCAAUUACUUGACCCGAGCACACAAGUUCAAAAGCCGCGGAUUCAUUUAAAAGCAAAACAAAAGGUUGAUAUAGAAGAAGCUGUGAAUGGAUAAAAGCAUUUGAGAAUUGGUGGGACAAUUUGUUGAUUUUUAACAACAAAAGAAAAACAAAACCACAGCCCGUAACCGAUGAGUGUUAGAUUGACAGGUGGCCAUAUGGUGAAGCAGAGGAGGUUUAUCGGCAAUACAAAUAAUAAGAUGAUCAAUAUACGGGAACAUUUAUAAUCCAAUAAGUGCAUGAGGCAUCUGAUAUGUAAUUGAAAGGACCUGAAAGUCUAAAAACAAAAAAAAAAAAAAAAAAAAAAAAAACCACACAAAACGCUGAAUGCGUUCCUGCAUUCGUAAGAUAGCAAUUAAUGCAGGCUUGCAGCAGUUCUCUGCUGAUUUAUGUUUUUUCAGGUAUUGAAUAGGUAUUCAAAAAAACGAAUUCGCUGAAUCAAUAUUGAUCCAGCAGUGAUUAUUUUUGUGAUUUAGUAAGUUUCCCAUGCUUUGGACGUGCUGUUUUUUUUACACAGGUUAUUAGGUAUAUACGCAAAGAGACUUAAGCAGGAAAUAAUUGAAAAAAAAGCCAAAGGAAUCAGUGAUAUUUUUGAUUUUUAUUCUCUUUUUUUUAAUAUACACCGAGGAAGAAGAAGAAGGACGAAAUAAGAAUUACUAAUUAUAUAUUAUAUUCUACAUAUUAUAUAUAUAUAUAUAGAAAAAAAAAUCGGCUUGUGAUUUUGAUUGAAAUAAGAAUUUUGUGGCAAAAUCGAAAAAAACACUGUGGAUGCGCCUUGUGCGCUAAAUUUAAACGGAACAUUUUAUUUUUUCAACUGUUGUGCCGUCAAGGCAGAGUUUCUUCAUAAUGAGUUGUUAACUGAGAAUGCGCGAUGACACAGCGAAUUUAUCAGUGGUCCUCGAAUCCUCGCGAGACUCAUCCACAGGAUAUCCAAAUGGAACCCCACAAAAUAAACUCCAAACGAUCAGAAAAAAUCCACUCGAGGUACACACAACGAGACAAGGACAAGGCUAAUGGAGAAGUGGAAUAUAUGCUACAAGAAAAUGGAGAACCAAUUGAAUUCGUGCCCCCUCAAACCAAAGAGGAGAAGGUCGUUCCAACAGCACCUAUACUACCACCCGUACCUUAUUACAGACUAUUUCGAUUUGCAACGUUUGGGGAGCUGAUGCUUGUGUUUGGGGGUCUCUUUAUGGGAACCCUCACUGGACUUUGCAUUCCCAUUUCUACCAUUCAGUAUGGAGAGUUCACAACAUUAUUGGUUGAUCGUAACAAUGAAAAUGAAACAAGUACCGAAACUAUAAUUAUGGAAUGGUUCGGAGGAGGAAAAAUUUUAUACGCAAAUUCAACAUACGAAGAACGGAUGGAUGCCUUAUACGAUGAUUCAGUAGCUUUUGGAGUAUCAUGCGCAGCAUUGUCUUGUUUUCAAUUUGUUUUUGCAAUUUUCACUGUUGAUUUACUUAAUAUUGCUGCAUCGAGACAAAUUGCAAGAUUAAGAAAAAUGUUCCUUCAAGCAGUUCUCAGACAGGAUAUGUCAUGGUAUGACACUAAUACUUCCACAAAUUUUGCCAGCCGAAUCACCGAAGAUUUGGACAAAAUGAAAGAUGGAAUCGGCGAAAAAUUGGGAAUCUUCACAUAUCUAAUGGUAUCAUUUAUUUCAUCGAUAAUAAUUUCAUUUAUAUACGGUUGGAAAUUGACACUUGUUGUAUUGAGUUGUGCACCAGUAAUUGUCAUUGCAACGGCAAUUGUUGCCAAAGUUCAAAGUUCAUUGUCAGCAUUAGAAUUGGCGGCAUACGGUCAAGCGGGUAGUGUCGCCGAAGAGGUACUUGGCGCUGUGAGAACGGUGAUUGCAUUCAAUGGGGAACAAAAGGAAGUCGAUAGAUAUUCAACAAAAUUAAUACCAGCAGAAAAAACAGGAAUCAAACGUGGCUUAUGGUCGGGCGUUGGUGGUGGUGUAAUGUGGUUUAUUAUUUAUUUGAGUUAUGCACUUGCCUUUUGGUAUGGUGUACAAUUAAUACUUGAAGAUCGUCCCAAGGAUGUUAAGGCAUAUACACCGGCUGUACUUGUUAUUGUAUUUUUUGGCGUUCUUGCCGGUGCACAAAAUAUGGGUCUCACAUCGCCUCAUCUCGAGGCAUUUGCCGUUGCACGUGGUUCUGCGGCUGCAAUAUUUCAGGUGUUGGAUCGUGUACCAAUAAUUGAUAGUUUGAGUAAGGAAGGACAAAAAUUGAAAAUGGUUAAUGGAGAGAUUGAAUUUAAGGACGUUCAUUUUCGAUAUCCUGCUAGAAAAGAUGUCAAAGUACUUCAGGGUUUAAAUCUAAAGAUCAAACACGGUGAAACCGUAGCUCUCGUUGGUGGUUCAGGAUGUGGAAAAUCUACGUGCCUUCAACUUAUUCAGAGACUUUACGAUCCUCUUCAGGGACAGGUAUUCAUUGACGGUGUUGAUAUUGGAAAAUUGAAUGUACAAUGGCUUCGUUCGCAUAUCGGUGUUGUUGGUCAGGAACCAGUUCUUUUUGACACGACAAUACGCGAGAAUAUCCGUUACGGAAAUGACAGCGUUACCGAAGAGCAAAUGAUUAAAGCUGCCAAGGAAGCAAACGCUCACGAUUUCAUCAGUAAACUGCCAGAGGGCUAUGACAGUCAAGUGGGUGAAAGAGGUUCACAAUUAUCAGGUGGACAAAAACAGAGGAUAGCAAUAGCACGAGCUUUAGUUCGUAAACCGGGAAUAUUAUUAUUGGAUGAAGCGACAUCGGCUUUAGAUUUACAUAGCGAAGCAACUGUUCAACGUGCAUUGGAUGCUGCAGCAAAAGGACGUACAACUGUUGUUGUCACUCAUAGACUUUCCACAAUUACAAAUGCUGAUAGAAUUGUUUUCAUUAAAGAGGGACAAGUCGUUGAAAUGGGAACACAUGAAGAACUAAUGCUUCUUGGCCAACAUUACUAUGGUCUUGUUUCAGCUGAUGCCACAGCAAUUGCCAAAGCAAAAGCAACAGCAUCGGCUGCUAAAACUGUCACUGCCACUAAACCUGUCAAGCCAAAACCUCCAUUAAAGAAACAAUUUUCAACAUUGUCUAUGCACUCUCAUCGUUUGUCCCUGGCUGGAGGUUCAGAUACAUCAGAAAUUCAAUUGGAGGAGCAUGAGAAGCCUUAUGAUGCACCAUUAAUGAGAAUAUUUAAUCUGAAUCGACCUGAAUGGCUAUACAAUGUCAUUGGUUGCCUUGCAGCAGCCACAGUUGGUGCAUCAUUUCCCGCGUUUGCCGUACUAUUCGGUGAGGUAUACGGUGUAUUUACCGAGAGAGAUGAAACAAUGGUACAUCAAAGAACAGUAAAUUAUGCAAUUCUUUUUAUUCUCGUGGGAAUAUUCACUGGUCUCGGUACAUUUCUACAAAUGUACACCUUUGGUUUGGCGGGCGUACGAAUGACAACGCGAAUUCGUUCAAUGACAUUUGCAGCAAUGUUAAAACAAGAAAUGGGUUGGUACGAUGAGGAUACAAAUAGCGUUGGUGCACUUUGUGCAAGAUUAUCAUCGGAUGCUGCAGCAGUUCAAGGUGCAACGGGAAGUCGUAUUGGUGCAAUACUUCAAGCUCUCUCAACAUUGGUAUUGGGUAUUGGAAUAUCAAUGUAUUACACGUGGAAAAUGACAUUGGUGUCAGUUGUGUCAAUACCAUUGGUAUUGGGUGCUGUAUUUUUUGAGGCGAGAAUAAUGAGCGGACAGGGAUUACAGGAGAAGAGAAAAAUGGAAUGUGCAACACGAAUUGCAAUUGAAGCGAUAUCGAAUAUAAGAACUGUUGCUAGUUUAGGUAAAGAGGAGGCAUUUUUAACGAGAUAUUGCGUUGAAUUGGAUCAUGUGGCAAGAGCAACGAGAAUUAAAAAUCGACUUCGUGGUUUGGUGUUUUCUUGUGGUCAAACAACACCCUAUUUUGGUUAUGCAUUGAGUUUGUAUUACGGUGGUUAUUUGGCAGCGCGAGAAGGUUUAGCCUAUGAGAAUGUUAUCAAAGUAUCCGAGGCUUUAAUUUUUGGCUCGUGGAUGCUUGGACAGGCACUUGCAUUUGCUCCGAAUUUUAAUACAGCGAAAAUAUCAGCUGGUAGAAUAUUUCGAUUGCUUGAUCGUGUACCGGAAAUUAUGACACCGCCGGAGUAUGAUGAAAAGGACAAAGAUUGGAAAGCGGAUGGACUGAUUCAGUUUUCGAAAGUUGAAUUCUACUAUCCAACACGGCCGGAGAUGCAAAUUCUCAGGGGUCUCAAUUUAAUUGUGAAGCCAGGGCAAAUGGUAGCGCUGGUCGGUCAGAGCGGUUGCGGUAAGUCCACUUGCAUUCAACUUUUGCAAAGGCUCUACGAUCCGCUUACGGGAACAAUUACAAUGGAUCGUCGUGACAUAUCGUCUGUUUCACUUCCUAUUUUACGUCGACAACUUGGUGUUGUUGGUCAGGAGCCAGUGCUUUUUGAUCGUACAAUUUCUGAAAAUAUUGCAUACGGUGCCAAUGAUCGAUAUGUGCCAAUGGAUGAAAUUAUUGAAGCUGCAAAAAAAUCCAAUAUUCACAGCUUCGUUAGCUCUCUACCUUUGGGUUAUGAUACGAGAUUAGGUACGAAGGGAACGCAACUAUCCGGCGGGCAAAAGCAGCGAAUCGCUAUUGCACGUGCUUUAGUCAGAAAUCCUCGAAUUCUGCUGUUGGAUGAAGCCACUUCUGCGCUGGAUACACAAAGUGAAAAGGUGGUGCAAGCUGCCUUGGACAAAGCCAUGGAGGGAAGGACCUGCAUAACCAUCGCUCAUCGAUUGGCCACUAUAAGGAAUGCUGACGUGAUUUGUGUCCUGGAAAAAGGAACAGUCGCCGAAAUGGGAACACACGACGAUCUCAUCGCCGCCGAUGGUCUCUACGCUCAUUUGCACAAUCUUCAGGAAACUGCCAUGGAAGGUUCAUAAUGCAGGUGCCUUUAUAUAUAUAUAUAUAUCACUUCUUAUAUCCAAUCAACUUAAGACCUACUUAAAAAUGCGAUACUUAAUUAUAACUGCUUUGCCGCAAUGACAAUAUGUAGUCAUUUAUAUAUAAGAUGGCGUUCGUUUUUUUUUUUAUUAUUAUAAUUCUAAUAGAGAUUUAGCAUGAAUAUUUUUUCAUAUGUCUAGAAAGUUAUAUAUUUUUAUCAAGUUUCAAUUGUAAUAUUCCCUAUGUGCUUUCGAUUUCUGAUAAAAGUUGUUAUAGUGCAUGUUAGUAGAAAAAAAAAACAUACGAAUCGAAAAUUUUUUGAUAAUCAAAAUUUUGGCAAAUUAACUGAUUAAUUAAUCAGUGCCUUAAAAUGAAAAUUGUUCCUAGAUUCUAAGUUUUUUCUUUGUUAUUCGUUUAAAAAAAAAAACUUUUUUAAUCAAUUGUAUAAUUGCGAACAAAAUAAUAGAAUAAAUUUUGUUUUUUAAUACGAAUUUUGUGAAAAAAAAUACUAUAAAAAAAGAAUAUUGAACAAAUUUUUUGCUUGACACGUUUUUUUUCGCUGUGGUGGUAAAUAUUAAAAUAAAAAAUUAUUUGACUAUAAUAAAAUAUGUGUCAAUUUUUUUUUUGCUGCUACAGCUAAAAAGUGUUCAUGACUAUUUGUUGAAUUCGUGUUUUUUGUUUUGUAAUGAGGGGUAAUUUUUUUUUAUCUUCAAAUUGAUUAUUUAAAAAUGAAAUAUAUGAGAGCAAGAUGUACACAAACAUACAGUGAUACUAGCAGUAUGUCGACGUGGAAAGUAUUAAUUUUUUUUUCUUGUUAUGUAUAAGAAUAAAUUUAUAUAUUCUCGAAUUGUGCGGUCUUUGUGUGUGUAUGAGUGUGUCAAAAAAAAAAAUUUACAAGUACGCGCGUGCGCGACAACGAUAAAAAAAAAGAGAGAGAAUGAUAAAAAAAAUUAUAUAUAUACACAUUUUUUUGCGAAAUAAAUAAAAAAAAUAUAUACAAAAAAAAA